GCGCCAAAUAAGCAAGCCUUUCUAGCGACGCGUCCAUUCAUUAAUAAUAACGCAUAGUAGUUGUUUCCAACUGACCAUUUUUAAUCUGCGUUGAAAACAAAACGAAAGCUGCAAAAUUUGGCUGACACAGCUAAUUGAAAUGGUCGAUUGACCAAAUUUUUAAUUUAGCUUGAACCAUCAUAACUUCAGAUAUCGUAUUUACUCGCAGUUUAAACUUAAUUACUCGGCUUCAUUUUCUCCUCGUGCUAUCAGAUGUUACCUUAACAUUGGUUUGAAUUCUUUCAACUGUUCCUGCGGUGUCUCAGUAUCGUUGGUUGUUAUCGCAGUAAAUAUUGGUAUUAUGUUCUUGAGUGUUAUUGAGCGAAGUGGGUUUUCACUUAAUUAAGUCCGUUUGUUUUUUUGAAAGUUUUAAAGAUUGUAUGACCCAUUAAUUUUUUUCGAACUAUUUUUUCAAUUUUGGCUUGGUUGUAAUAAAAAAGUGUCAAUCAUGAAAGAUUCUGGAAAUGAAAAGAGCCGUAAGUUGAUGUAAUUUAUUUUAUUUGUAUCUCGGUAUUUUAAAGAAAGGUUUUCUGUGUGAUGGCUGUUUCACAUUAUUCAAGCUAUUGAUUGGGGAAGCCGACUUUCAAAGCCUCAACCUGUCUCUCUUCUGUAUGAUUGAUGAACUUUCGUAAAUGAGAGAUGACAGAAAAUUGUCCAGGCAAUGCAUCAAUUGUGGUCUUGCACUCCUCCCCCUCCUCUCCUCUCUCUCCCCCCUCCCCGCCCUCCCACCGCAGCAGUGGCAGUUGCAGUGAAGCGGUCACUUUUGACCUGAAGCAGCCCCAGUAUGUGCCCCUGUUCCGCCGCCUGUUGGCGGGACUGGAAGCGACGUUCAGAAAUGUGUUGUUUGACCUCUGCCCUGACACGUGCUGCCUCAAGAUGAGCUCUCUCGACUGGAACUCUUUCACAGGUGCACAGAGUGUUGUGGGUCGUCUUGUGGGUCUCACUGUGGACAGGGGAUUGAGUUGGAGCAGUGGGGAGUAUGAGGAUCUGGUGAAUGAGGAGUUGAGUAGGGCGAAAGUGCCCAAGAAACACCUGCUGGGCAAACUGCGAGACGUAUUCAUCGACUGCAACAAUGUCGCUACAGCACAUGGUCAUGGGAAGUUUUCGUGGGCUGGCGUGAAGAUAGCUUGUGAGUUCUUUGAAGGCCACGGACACAACGUAGUCAUGAUUGUGCCCACUCAUCGCAAGAAACAAAUCGCCACUCCAGCGGAGCGUGAGUUUGUGGAGAACAAAGAAAAGUGUGGGGAACUGAAAUACGUUUCCUCACAGAGUUCCGACAGGCGACUCCCGUUCGACGAUGGGUUCCUGUUGCAGUCAUGUGCCGAGUUGGACGGGGUGCUCUUGUCAAAUGACAGGUUCCAGGACUUCGCCGAUGAUCUGAAACUGAGACAUGUAAUCCAGAACAGAGUUAUUCCAUACUUGUUCAUCAAAGACACACUGAUAAUUGGGAGUGACACAUUCAACAAGAGGAAAGUGGACUGUGACAGACUUCUUGUGAGGACCAGUCCCUACCAGGAGGAGGUGGAGAGGAUGAGUGCGAUGCCCUGUCCUUACGGCGAGAGGUGCAACUAUGGGAAAAAGUGCAAGUACCUCCACCAACAGCAGCAAGAGUCCAGAGGCGCCAGGGCCAGACGACUCAACCGCACCCUCGGAUCCAAGACCAGGUUUGAGCGAGGUCGUCAAUUUGGCGAUCAAUCGUCAGGAGGAUUCUUUCGAGGGUCCGACAGUCGAGAUGGAUCUUAUUGUGAGAACCGGUUCCAGAAGCUGUCGGAUGUCAACCCGGUAUCGACUACUGCUAACGCCAAUAUCUUUUCGCCAAACUCAUUCUGGCGUCGAGAUGGCGAAAAUGCCGUCGCGUAUAACCGAGAAGAAUCAGAAGCAACACCGGUUCGAAAAUUCUCCGGGUUACCGAAUUCUGACAGCCUGCUUCCGAAUCAUUUUUCACCGGAAAGAAAAUCACCCGAAUGGAACAAGAGCUCUUCCUCGUUCGGUGAAGGAAACGUAGAUGACGGUCAAUUUGAUAUGGAGUUUCAAAAUCCACUGGCGUUUCAAGGGAAUGCGAAGCCUCCGGCUUAUAACUUGUGGAGUGGGCCGAACUUUGAGCUCAGUCCUUCGAAGAGUCCCUACAAGGACGCGACUGUUUGUGGCACCUCGCACUGGUUAGCUGGUAAUGGAGUUGCAAAAGAGCAGCAUUUCAGCUACUUCAGUGACUCAGGGUCCAGUUGCGAUGACUUCAUGUCCCACAGUUUGGAAUUGUCUCCAGGCUCUUCUGUGGCAAUGCUCCACCAGAAACGAGGCAGUGAGGAAAUGGAAAGUGCGCCGGCAUUCAUAACCGUGGACUGUCGCAGGAGGUGGUCAGAUGGCCGUGGGGAUAUUUCUGAGAAAAGUCAAGGAAUACAGGCGAAACCAGCCAGUAAUUCUGCCGAAGUGGACGGAGCUUCAUUCGCAACCGUCGUAGGGUCCAGUCAGUUGAACGGGAACGAAACCGAGAGGACAGUAAGUAAGAGCUCAUGUUCGUCCGACUGUGAAUCGUCGGGAGGAUUACCUGCCCGAAACUGGGCAAACGUGAGCCACAGUGAGCCUCGAAAUAACGAGGAGUUCGCACCGAAGACUACAGAUAUCGUGAAUGGAUCCGAAAAUUCUGGUGAGAGGCAGGAUUUGGUCAAAGCGAAAUUGGAAGAUUAUCAAUCGGUGAUGCAGAUUCUUCUGGACAAAUCAAAACAGGCUCACGUGCUGGCGGUCAUGAAGCGACACCCGGAGUUCACACGUGAACAAAUUCUGGUUCACAUUUGGAAUAUUGGCAGUGGCAACUGCGAAGGCGCAGAAGGGAAGGAGCAAUGUUGCGCAUCCCUGAUUAACGAAGCAAGAGAGUUCAUACCAUCUUGCUACCGAUUGGUAGGCUGUGAGAAUGAUUGCAGACUAGCGAGUGCAUUUUUCUCAGUGCACCAGCAACAUACAAAUGCUCCUCGGCUGUCGGGACGACUCCUGUGGCAGGAAGUCAUUAAGAGAAUGGCGUUCGAUCCCGAGCAAUGACAGGUAGAAAAGAAAGUGUUGUAUCAAAUAAAGCGAGAAGCGAUGCUGAAAUGCUAGAAAAAUAUACUUAUCCCUGAAGAUUAUGAACUCUUUCAAAACAUUCUUUGAUAGACAGUUGCUGCAACCUAGAAAGAGUCUAAACGUGAUCUUUCAAAAUUCCUGAACUUCUGAUUUUGUACUUUGAAUUGCCCCUAACUCACAUUUAUUGUAGAAGAUGAGUGUAAAACAUGCAAAGUUUGUAUGAACUGAACAUUGAUUGAAUUGUCCGACAAGGUGUUUUGUCUUGAUGAUGUUGAAUAGCUACUUUGUGAUUAAUGCGGGAGUAAACUGUAGUUCACAGUGGAUAAGUUCUAUUUUGCGAGUCGCCCAGAAAUUACCCGAACUCAUUGCCACCUCCAAGUUCAUAUCUCAAUUUAGACUCUGCCGAAAUCGGUUCUAUUUUUAUGCAAUUUUCACAUAUUGAUUACAUCAUUCUGUCGCGAUUACCACGUGAUGAUUGCAUAGUAUGUUUGCAAGUGUCACGUGAUUGCAUAAUACUGUUGCAAUGGUCACAAACUUCGACGUAGUGCACUUUGAAUGUAGUGCGGCUAUGAUGUAACACCACGUGAUUGUGACCUUUCUGAGUUUUCUGACUUGGCUGAAAGUGUUUAUCGAAGCGUAUUUUGAUGCUAUUUAGAGAGCAUGAAAGGCUAGUUGCUCAGAGCUUUCAGCUAUUUUGGUUUUCAUACCUGUGUGCGUGAGUUAUUUUUCAAAAUGUAUCAGUUUAUAGAGGGGGACAGUUUUACCUCUCAAUUAUGAUGGUCGUUAAAUACUUUUCUCUAAGUGACGUGAAUUAUGUCUUAGUUUAUAAGCC